AUGUAUGUUACGAGGACUUUGUCGGACUACCGAACAAACAGGAAGGCUCCGGAAGGUCGAAACUCCGGCGUACUUAUAAUCCAAGAUAAAGAGUCAAAGCCAACAUGUUGCCUCGGAUCUUGCUACGCGCCUGGGCUCAAAGGCUUACCGUUUCCACAGAACGUGAAGCUGACUGUGAAAUACAACAUCACAGUUAAUAGCGUGACCACUACUUAUCGUGAUCCGGUCGCUUUCAUCCCCGUUCUUGAUCUAAUGUUACGUUCUAACUGCUACUACGCCAUUAAACGAAGCGGGAAACACUCAGGGUAUGGCUUAGAGUCAGAAAAAGUCAACUUUCUUAAUUGUGUAUGGUACCAAGCUAAAAAAAAACCUAACUUGCGAAAAGGGCAACAGAAAAACCUAAUUAUUUUUAUUUCUAUUUUUGUAAACUUGUGUCGCAGAGAAUCAUCGGCUAAUGCAACAGAGGAAGACAGAGACAAAGUCCCGUUCUGCUUUUGCCACCGCCAUGUUCCUGAAGCUGAACCACAACACUCAGAUUCAUAUGACAUAUACCAAAAAAUCGAGAUCUAUCCACCAAAAUCGUUGUCGCGAAGUUACUUUGCAACAUCCGCUGGUAUUGGCUGGGUACCACCAGAGUUACUCGAGAAAAAGUAUGUUCCUUUCAUAUUCGUGAACGAAAGUAACGCAAAUGAUCAUCUUAAGGCAACUUAUUACCCCAUGUCUCUUUACCAAAGAUGGGAAGAGGUUUACUGUUGUGAGAACGCAUACAAAGACAACCGCGAGGUUGUAGUUACUGUUCAAGUGGAACCACUAGUUGUGAAGCUUGAGGGACACGAGACCGUAGAAGAUAAGAGAGGAAGUUCGGAUAUUGAAAAUAUGGUUGUGUGGUUUGAGGUUGCAAACAAGAGGUUAGGUUUGAAAAUUGCUGUUAUCGAGAGGAUGAAAAUGGAAGAGUUGAAUUUUGGGUGGGGGAGUGAUCCUCAAGAAACAAUGAUUGAGAGAUCCAACAGAUUCAAUGGUGGCGAUUCGAAUUGGAAGAGCUAUAGAUUGUAUGUGUUGGUGGAGAGCUUUGUGUUGAAGAGAAGGGAUGUGUUGUAACGGACGUGAGAAGGAAUAGAUGCGGAAACAGAUGAAUAAAAGCGAUGUAACUACGACACGGAUAUUUAACGUGGUUCACCCCUAGGGCUACGUCCACGGGCAAAGAGAAAUCUUAUUAUUGGAGGCAAUAUUGAGCUUACAGAGUGCAAGUUCAGGAUUACUUCGAGUACAAGAUAUAUAUAGUAACAUCUCACAUCUAAAACCCUAGACUAAACGGACUCAUGGGCUUAAGCCCACGAUCAGAUGUAACAUCCAUAAUAACUUGAUGCAACGCUCUUGAUGCAACCGAGUCGAUAUGAUGUACGUGAUGUAACAUCCAUCGCCUAGAUGUAACAUCCAAAUUCAAGGCAUAUCAACAAUUCUCCACCUUGACUUGAAUCCUCUCAAUAACAGAUGUACCAGAUGCACCUUCAAGUGCCAGAUGUACCAGAUGCGUUUCUCUGCGCCAGAUGUACAAGAUGCGUUUCUCUGCGCCAGAUGUACAAGAUGCGUUUCUCUGCGCCAGAUGUACAAGAUGCACUUUCAAGUGCCAGAUGCACCAUUAACGCCAAAUGUACCAGAUGCAUUCUUCAACGCCAAAUGUACCAUCGCUCUCUUUGCCUCAGAUGUCCCUUCGGACCAGAUGUGUUGCUAUGACGAACCAGACGCCCUUUAACGGCCAGAUGCUCAACUAGAGCCAGACGUUCGUCAUCAGCCGGAUAUCCCAACGGACUGGAUGUCCCAACGGACCAGA